ACAAAUGUGUCAGAGAGAGACUGAGGAAUGGGCCUACAGUCUCAAGUGAAAGCAAUGUUAUUUCUCUUCAGAUGAAGGGAAAGCCAACCCCUGUUUUGAGGUCAGACAGACACACACCAGUGUUUACAGGAAACCCAGUCACCCUGACAUGUCAAUUGAUGACCCAGUCUACUGGAUGGAGGUUCUACUGGUACAGACGUGCACAGUUCUCUGCUUCUGUGGCCCAGACUGAUGGAAACUCCUACAGCAUCAGCUCUGCUAAAGUGUCGGAUGGAGGACAGUACUGGUGCAGAGCUGGGAGAGGAGACCCAGUCUACUUCACACAAUAUAGCAAUGCAGUUUGGGUCAAUGUCACAGAGGGACCCAAAGCUGUGGUCACCCUUCUGAACAACUGGCCAGACAUCUUCAGUGGAGAGAUCAUCACCCUCCAAUGUGACAUACAGGGAAAACAGCUGGAAGCCUGGAACUACAAAAAGCCUCGACCCGUGAUUAGUGGAUCUGCACAGAGCUGGCUGACUGAAGGAGACUCCGUGACUCUGAGCUGUGAGGUCAGCGGCUCCUCUGCAGGCUGGACAUUCCACUGGUACAAGACUGCCCCCUAUAGGCCUGGGUUGGAACAUGUGUUCAAUGAAAACAGAGGAUACUGUGUAGAAUUUCUCCCAGACAGAGGCAGAGGAGCUGGAGGCUCCUACACUCUCAGCCCUGCUGCUCUCAGACACACAGGGGUUUAUAUGUGCAGAGCAGAGAGAGGAGAGCCACCCUUUCAGACAGAGUUCAGCCAACUCCAACCUCUCUGGGUCACAGGUUCUUUCCCUUCAUCCGUCCUGGUUGUUGUUCCUAAUACAACUCAACAUUUUGACUUGACCCCACUUUCCCUGAGCUGUGAGGGAACUGGGAAUUCCACGUUGAGAUGGUUCUCCCAAAGGGGGGAAUACAGAGAAUGUCCCUCCGGUUGGACAGGGGCAGAAACCACCUGCAGCACCAGCUCAGCAUCUCCAUCAGACAGUGGAGUUUACUGGUGUCAGUCUGAGUCUGGAGAGCAGAGCAAUCCUGUUAACAUCACUGUGCACCCUGGUAAUGUGAUCCUGGAGAGUCCUGUCCAUCCUGUGACUGAGGGAGAUCCUCUGACUCUGCGCUGUAGAUAUCGCUAUCAGCCAUCAAACAUCAGCGCUGACUUCUAUAAAGAUGGGACACUCCUCCACACCUCCAGCACAGGAGAGAUGACCAUCCCUGCAGUCUCAAAGUCACAUGAGGGCCUCUACAAGUGCAGCAACCCAAAGAAAGGAGAAUCACCAGAGAGCCAAGUUAUAGUGAGAGGUACGUGUUCAGUGUUCAAUGUCACAUCAAUAUGUUUAACAUCAGGUCUGGUUGUUGGGGUGAUGGUCAUCGUCGUUCUGGGUACAGUACUGCUACUGCUGUAUUUUUACAGAAAGCGGAGAGCAGGGCGUGACACACAAAUACCACUAUCCGAUUCCUACAGUUACCCUGACUGCAGUCCCCCAGAGUCCUGUGUUCACUGGAGAGACAGUCACUAUGACGUGUCUGAUAGAUUCUGUGAUGAUCCUCCAACACCCAAAGUCACCAUACUGUCCCCCGAGGCUCCAUUCUACGAGGGUGACAAGGUUACUGUCAGCUGUGACAUAUCAGAGCAGGGGACCUGGGAUCAGUACAUCUGGCACCUGAUUCCUACAGUUACCCUGUCUGCAGUCCCCCAGAGUCCUGUGUUCAUUGGAGAGACAGUCACUAUGACGUGUCUGAUAGAUUCUGUGAUGGUACCUGGAUUGGAGAGAAAGCCAACCCCUCUUUUAAGAUCAGACAGACACACUCCAGUGUUGACAGGAAACCCAGUCACCCUGACAUGUCACAUGGUACCCCAGUCUACUGGAUGGAGGUUCUACUGGUACAGACAUGCACAGAUCUCUGUUCUUGUGGCCCCGACUGAUGGAAACUCCUACAGCAUCCGCUCUGCUAAAGUGUCUGAUGGAGGACAGUACUGGUGCAGAGCUGGGAGAGGAGACCCAGUCUACUACACACAUUACAGCAAUGCAAUUUGGGUCAAUGUCACUGAGGCCCCCAAAGCUGUGGUGACCCUUCUGAACAGGUGGCCAGACAUCUUCAGUGGAGAGAUCAUCACUCUUGCAUGUGACAUACAGGGAAAACAGCUGGAAGCCUGGAACUACAGUUGGUAUAAGGAUGGGCGUCAAAUUAAUAAAGUGCAGUCCAGUUCAGAAAACAAAAUCAAAUUUAUUUCUGAGUCAGGAAGUGGUGACUACAACUGCAGGGGGACACGGUCAAAAGAUUCCCAAACUUCAGAGAUCAGUGGGGCUAUCAAAGUUGCUGUGUUAGAAAAGCCUCGACCAGUGAUUAGUGGACCUGCACAGAGCUGGCUGACUGAAGGAGACUCAGUGACUCUGAGCUGUGAGGUCAGCGGCUCCUCUACAGGCUGGACAUUCCACUGGUACAAGACUGCCCCCUACAGGAGUGGGUUGGAACAUGUGUUUCUUGAAAACAAAGGCUACGACAUAGAGCUUCUCCCAGACAGCAGCAGAGGAGCUGGAGGCUCCUACACUCUCAGCCCUGCUGCUCUCAGACACACAGGGGUUUAUGUGUGCAGAGCAGAGAGAGGAGAGCCACCCUUUCAGACAGAGUUCAGCCAACUCCAACCUCUCUGGGUCACAGGUUCUUUCCCUUCAUCCGUCCUGGUUGUUGUUCCUAAUACAACUCAACUUUUUGACUGGACUCUACUUUCCCUGAGCUGUGAGGGAACUGGGAAUUCCACUGGAUGGAGAUUGAGAUGGUUCUCUCAGAGAGGGGAAUAUGGAGAAUGUCCCUCCGGUUGGACAGGGGCAGGAACCACCUGCAGCACCAGAUCAGUGUAUUCAACAGACAGUGGAGUUUACUGGUGUCAGUCUGAGUCUGGAGAGCAGAGCAAUCCUGUUAACAUCACUGUGCACUCUGGUAAUGUGAUCCUGGAGAGUCCUGUCCAUCCUGUGACUGAGGGAGAUCCUCUGACUCUGCGCUGUAGAUAUCGCCACCAGCCAUCAGACAUCAGCGCUGACUUCUAUAAAGAUGGGACACUCCUCAACACCUCCAGCACAGGAGAGAUGACCAUCCCUGCAGUCUCAAAGUCACAUGAGGGCCUCUACAAGUGCAGCAACCCAGAGAGAGGAGAGUCACCAGAAAGCCAAGUUAUAGUGAGAGGUAGCCUACGUGUUCAAUGUCUGGUUGUUGGGGUGAUGGUCAUCUUUGUUCUGGGUGCAGUACUGCUACUGCUGUAUUUUUACAGAAAGCGGAAAGGGUGCGUGAAUGUUUCUGUCCACAGGAGGGCGAAGGUGCACAUGCUCUCUGACUAA